AUGGAGACUGAGGGGAAAAGGUGGUCAGAAUUAGUAGAUCUGUUACAAGAUUAUAAGGUGGAAUACUUGUCAAAAGUGGUCAGUUGGUGUCCUCUGGAUUUCAGAUGGUUAAAAUGUAAUACUGAUGGGGCAUCUAGGGGAAAUUCUGGACUAAGCUCGAUUGCUUUAUGUAUAAGAGACCAUACAUGGAAUUUGGUGGUGGCUAAAGGGAGACGAAUUCAAGAAGUUAAUAGUGUGAAGGCGGAAGCAAUAGCUAUUAAGGAAUGUCUUGAAUAUUGUCAUAAAAUGAAGUACCAACAGAUCAUCUUGGAGACUGAUUCGUGGAGCUUGGUUCAGAUUUUACAAGGAACAUGGGAGAAGCCUUGGAGUAUGAUCUUGGAGAUCAACUCAAUUCAGUCUCUUCUAAGAGUUCUAACAUUGGGUGUGGACGAUCAAAUGGUGAAGACAACUUUGAAUGUUGUCUUUGCUGUAGUUGGUCUUGGACGGUCAAAUGGAGAAGACAACUUUGAAUGUUGUCUGUUUGUUCUAAUUUCAGCAGAUAUUCAAUGGAUGGAUCUCCGAAGAUCCACCGAUGAGUAUAUCCAUGGAGUUAAUGAUUUCCUAGAUAAGGCAUUUGAACGAGCUUCCCAAGGAGAUGAAAUAUUAUGUCCUUGUAAGAAGUGCUUUAAUCGUUAUUGGCAUUGUCGAAAUGUGGUGGAGGAUCACUUGAUUUGUCAUGGGUUUGUUCAUGGAUACACCAAAUGGGUUUUCCAUGGAGAAGGGUUUUCCUCAAGAAAUACGCCAUAUCCAACCAAUGAUGAUGAAACUUUCGACAAAGAAGACGGUAUUGAUAAACUACUUCAAGAUACUUUUAGAAAUGUAGCAGAUGACUUGAGGCAUGGAGGAGUAAGAGAGGGACUAUCUGAAUAUGCAAAGAGAUUCUUCAAAUUAGUGGAAGAAGGGAAGCAAGAGUUGUAUCCGGGGUGUAAGAACUUUUCUAAGUUGAAUUUCACCAUUCGGUUAUACUUGUUUAAAUGCAUUCACAAGUUGAGUAAUGUAGCCUUUUCAGAUUUGUUAGACUUGAUAAAAGAGGCAUUUCCCUUUGCUCAGAUACCCGAGUCUUUCUACAAGGCAAAAAAGUUAGACAAGUGCUCAGUGUGUGGAUCUUCUAGAUGGAAGAAUGUUCAUGAUGACUUGACUAAUAAGGUCACUAAAAUUCUAGCAAAGGUUUUAAGGUACUUUCCUUUAAAGCCUAGGCUUCAGAGGAUAUUCAUGUGUUCUGAAACAUCUGUAGCUAUGAGAUGGCAUGAUACUGAACGACCCAAAGAUGGAAAUUUAAGACAUCCUGCUGAUGGGGAAGCUUGGAAGGAUUUUGAUUCCUUGCACCCUGACUUUGCUAGUGAUGCUCGUAAUGUUAGAUUGGGUCUUUCAAGCGAUGGUUUUAAUCCAUUCCGAACUAUGAGCAUUUCCCAUAGCACAUGGCCGGUUAUGUUGAUGAAUUAUAACUUACCACCAUGGAUUUGCAUGAAGUCGGAGUAUAUAAUGUUGUCAAUGAUUAUUCCAGGUCCAUCGUCUCCUGGAAAUGAUAUAGAUGUAUACUUACAACCACUGAUUGCAGAGUUGAAGGAACUAUGGGAAGUGGGAGUGGAAACAUAUGAUGUUGUAACAAAUCAAACAUUUAUGAUGCGUGCAACUUUAUUGUGGACAAUUAGUGAUUUUCCAGCAUUGACAAUGCUUUCCGGAUGGAGUACCAAGGGGAAAUGGGCAUGCCCCACUUGUAAUCAUAAUACUUGUUCCCAAUAUCUCAAACAUAGUCGUAAGAUGUGUUAUUUGGGUCAUCGAGCAUUUUUACCUCAUGAUCAUCCAUAUAGAAGAGAUAAAACAUCCUUAAAUGGUAAAGAGGAGCAUAAAGUUGCACCUACUCCCUUAUCAGGCGUACGAGUUCUUGAAGAACUUCGUGAAUUCAAUAAUGUUUUUGGAAAGAGCCAAAAGAAAAGAAAACGAAAGAAUGAUGAGAAGAAUAUUUGUGAUGCUUUGCUUGGGACUUUAUUGGAUAUACUUGGAAAGUCCAAAGAUCAUAUAAAUUCUCGCUAUGACUUGCAUGAGAUGGGGAUACGCAAAGAGCUUCAACUAGUAAACGAUAGUGAUACUGAAAAUAUUCAUUUGGCUAAAGCUUGUUUCUCUAUGAAACCAGAAGAGAAAAGGUUAUUUUGCACCGUUUUAAAAGAUGCCAAGUUACCAAAAGGAUUUGCCUCUAAUAUAUCAAGUCGUGUGCAAAUUGAAGAAAUGAAAGUAUCAGGAUACAAAAGCCAUGAUGCUCAUUUCAUAUUACAUUACUUGCUCCAGGUUGCUGUCAGAAAAGUGUUGCCCAAAAAUGUGUCUUUGGUCUUGAUUAGAUUGGGAAAUUAUUUUAGAGCCAUAUGUAGUAAGGUUAUAAAAAGAAGGGAUCUUGAGAAAAUGAAGGCUGAAAUCAUAGAUAUAGAAUGUGAGCUUGAAAAGAUUUUUCCUCCAUCCUUUUUUGAUAUAAUGACACAUUUGCCUAUUCAUUUAGUGGAUGAAAUUAAGCUUGGAGGCCCGACUCAUUUGCGUUGGAUGUAUUCUACUGAAAGAACUAUGUGUGACUUUAAGGGGCUUAUUCGUAAUCAAAAAAAUCCAAAAGGGGCAAAUAAUAGAGGGUUUUUCAGCUAUAGAGUGUUUGACCUUUAUUUCGAGAUACCUACCUGA